AUGGACCCGGGCGCCAAGCAGUUCGAGGGUAAACUGUUCCUGCAGACGAUCGACAUCCGCGAUGAGAACGAGGAAAAGUAUAUGCGGGCGUACCGCAGCUUCGAGGAGACGACGGCCGGGCUCAGCGAUAAGGACUUCCACGACCUGCUGUCGGCGCUCGUCAGCAAGGAGAAGCAGCACGAAGACAUUUCGCUCGCCCUGGUCUACAUCAUACUGACCGAUCCGCUGGCGGCACCGAAAACGUACCGCGAUCUUACGCUGCUGACGCGCGAUGGGCUCGGGUUCGUCACCAACAGCCUGGCGAUGCUGGUGGCCGAAAAGCAUCACAAGCUCACGGACCUCGGCCGCAAGCAGUUGCUGUGGUUGCUGCGGGAGCUAAUCAAAAACCAGGUCCUGAACGUGGACAACCUGGCGUGGAACAUACUGCGGCAGGCGAGCGGCGGAGACAUUAGUCCGAAAAAUAUCGCCCUCAUCGAGGGCCUGCUGGACAUCUUCACCGACCACCGGGCGUGGCUCGAGAAGGACCCGUUUCUCGUCGGCACGGUCGCUUACACGUACGUGCGGUUGAUCGAGGACCACUCGGGGCCUCAGUUUGGGCAUUUGCGCACCCGCGAGGUGAAGUUUGUGAUCAGUUUGAUACGCGACCGGUUCUCCGACAUCAUCCCGCUCGGGCGCGAGUUCGUGCGGCUGCUGCAGAACGUCAGCCGCAUACCGGAGUUUGAUCAGCUGUGGAAGGACAUGCUGUACAACCCGAAAUCGCUCUGCCCCACGUUCAACGGUGUGUGGCAGCUGCUGCAGACGCGCACCAGCCGCCGGUUCUUGCGCGGCCGCCUGACGCCCGACAUCGAGCGCAAGGUGCACUUCCUCACGAGCAACGUCAAGUUCGGCAAUCACACGCGCUACCAGGAUUGGUUCCAGGAGCGCUACUUUACGACGCCCGAAUCGCAGAGCCUGCGGUCGGACCUGAUACGCUUCAUCAUCAGCGCCAUCCACCCGACGAACGAUAUGCUCUGCUCGGACAUCAUGCCCCGCUGGGCGAUCAUCGGGUGGCUGCUGACGUCGUGUACGAACGCGGUCGCCCUGGCCAACGCCAAGCUGGCCCUGUUCUACGACUGGCUGUUUUUCGAUCCGAUCAAGGACAACAUCAUGAACGUGGAGCCCGGCAUCCUGGUGAUGUUUAACUCGAUCAAGAACCAUCCGCUCGUGAGCUGCACGCUGCUCGACUUUCUGUGCCGCAUCAUGAAGAACUUCUACCCGAAGUGGGAGGAUCGCAUCCGGGCCGGGAUCUACAACUCGUUGCGCAAGAUCCUGGAGAUGAAGGUGAUCCCCAAUCUGGGCCCCCUGUUCGACUCACCGAGGCUCGAUCGCGAGCUGAAGAUGAUGCUGAGAGAAAACUUCCGCGAGUUUUGGACAAACAGCGCACCGCCCAACAGUGGCAAGUACGGGCCGGGCGGCGCAAUGAUGUUCCCGGGUACGCUGGAAGCUCCGGGGCUCCAUCCGGGCGUGCACCCGGGGCAAACAUCGGACAUCACACUCAUGACGGGCGGACGGUUGAUGGAGCAGCAGCGCAAACUGCACGGCGACUCGGGUGGAGGAGGAUUACCACCACCCGGCACAGGGGCUGCGGCGGGCUUUGUGGGACCAAUGGCAGCCCCGGUGGGUACACUGUUGUCCGCUCAGCAGCAGCGGCUAGGCAUGACGCGUGUUGCGGGGCGAGCGGCCACCAACAAGGCCGGAACACCGGAAGACCCAAAGUUCAGCGACGACGAGGCUGACGCUGAUGCCGCAAAGAUGAAGCCACCGGCGGCCGCGUUGACGACGAACGCGAUGCUAAUGACGGGCACUGAUCGGGGGGCCAUCGGUACGAUCCCAGGGACACUGGCGGCACCUACGGUGGUUGCCACGAAAACGGAGGACGUGUCGGACGACGACGAUCUGCCGCUGGCAAAGGUACGGCUGCUGGAGAAACCACCGGCGAUCGCGAAGGUGGCGCUUCCGGACACGCUCAACACACACCUGGAGGAGUUUCUGAAGGAGAAGAGCGCCAAAGCGUUCGAACCGCUGCUGCAGAGUCUCGGCAGCUGCGGGAAGCAAGCGCUUAACCAGGAGCAAGAGAACUACCUCACGGAGAGUGUGCUGUCGGUGAUACGGCAAACGCUGCCCGACAAGAGCUACUUCCCGGAGUCGAAGACGGACGACAAUCUGUCCGAAAGCAUCAACUACCCGCUGUUUGCCGCGUACCGGUUGCUCUAUCAGCAGGAGGAGUCGUGCAAGAAGCGCGUCAUGGCGCUGCUCGUCGCGAUCGUGAGCCGCGUAAACGUGGCCGGCUACAUGUUGCUGUACUUUCUGAAGGUGCACGGCAAACUGCAGUGCCGGCGGAAGGAAAGUGGCAGUGGCAGCACCAACACCGCUUUCAAAGCCUCCGUCUACACGGUGAUGUGUGAGGCGCUCGACGAUCCCGACACGGUCGACGAGUGCAUCGAGAAGGACCUCAAUCUGCUGGAGAAAUACAACACGCAAAUGUUUCUGUGGAUUCUGCCCGACAUGUACCGCGAGUUUAAGCCGACCAUGCUGAACAACUCGACCGUGCUGCAUUUGCUCGUCGGGUGCAUCGACGGGACGAACCUGCGCGACAUCAUCUACAGCAUCACGCAGGGCAAGCUGAUCAUCUUCGACGAGGACGGCAUCGUGGACAUACUGCGCAAGAGUCUCGAGUACGAAACGUUCGAGCAGAUCUGCAUCUGGCAGCUGGUGCAGGCGCACGACAUCCCGCUCGACACGUUUCAGGAGAUCAUCCCCGACCUGGAGGCCAGUUUGCACGCGGAAGCCCUGACCGCGAUCCUGUUGCUGCUGCGCAGCGAAAAGCCGACCACGGAGCUGGUGCGGUUGCUGUUGAGCCGCGGCUCGGAUGCACCCAAGCACCGGGGCGACCCCUUCGUCACGUCCGUGCUGCGCUACUGGUGCCAGGAGUUUGAGGAAAAGCUGUCGGAGCUGAUCGCGGCCCUGCUGACCUCGAAGUAUCCCUCCAAUUCGCCCAACAAACGGAAGCGACCGUCGAAGAGUGCGCAACAAAAUACGGCCCCCAGCUCGGACCAGCUGCUGAACCAUUUGGAACACUUUCGGCGCAGCUGCCGGCACGGGAACGGCACGGGCACUGGGCUGUUCGUACAAAACGAUAUGCAGCGGGCGCUACAGACGGCGUUCGCCCACAGUUCCGAGGCCCAGCGGAAGCAGUUCACCGAUCUGUUCGCGCUGGCCGCCGAGGACGAAACGUCCACCACGGUCGGACGACGGGGCACGAGCAGUCGCGGUCGGAAGGCACCGUCGAGCAAGAAGGAAACGGCCGCGGAAAAGGCGGCCGCUGCCGCGACACACACCAACAACAGCAAAAAGGCUGCCGCGGCCGCAGCGGCGGCGGCUGCCGCAGCGGCAGCCGCGGCCGAAACGACCUCCAACUACUUCAGCGACGAUUCGAGCGACGAAGACUGGUCCAAACAGAAAGCCUCGAAACGACGGAAAACGCUCAGCGAUUCCGAUUGA